UGCUGUCACUCGUGCUGUCAGCUGUCACGCCAGGAUCAAGAUUACCGGCAGUAGCAGAAGACAACCAAGAUGGCGACGCUCGAUCUAGACUGGGAGGAGGUGCGGGACCAGCUGAGGGCAUGGCGGGAGGACAACACGAGGCACAGUGAGGAGGUAGUGGAUAUGUGGGAGUAUUGUCUCAAGCACUACAAGACCAAGCUGGGAGACGAACGCUGGAUGGUGGAGGAGCAGGUGUUUGUUGCCGGCCUGGACUGCAAUCGCCUGGACAUUGCUGAACCCUGCCUCAUGGCCCUCAAUGAACAGUUCCCAGGCUCUCUCAGGGUGCGCAAGCUGAAGGCCAUGCGACUCGAGGCUAUGGAGAAGUUCGACGAGGCAAUGGAUGUGUACGACAGCAUCAUCCGACAAGACGAGACUAACUCCACAGCACGCAAACGCAAGGUGGCGGUGCUGCGAGGCCAGGGCAGGAUGACCGACGCUAUUAAGGAGCUGACAGAGUACCUUAAACUGUUCAUGUCGGACAGUGAGGCAUGGCAGGAGCUGUGUGACCUAUACCUGAAGGAGGGGGACUACAGCAAGGCAGCCUUCUGUAUGGAGGAGCUCAUCCUGUCCAACCCUCACAACCACCUCUUCCACACACGUUAUGCUGAGAUUAAAUACACUCAGGGUGGUCUUGAGAACAUGGAAAUUGCCCGGAGCUACUUUUGCCAGGCAGCCAAACUCAACCCAGGCAACGUGAGGGCUCUGUACGGCCUGUUCAUGAGCUGUACACAGGUGCUGUCCUCAUCCAAACUCAGUGCUCAGAAGAAGAAGGAGACACAGCAGCUUGCAACCUGGGCCCUGAAGGAGGUGUCUGAGAGGUACUCCAGAUCCAGAACAAAUGCAAUGGAUGGCUCAAAGAUCCUGGAAACUCUGGGAGCAUUGAGCAUAACAGAUAAAGCAUGAUAGUGCCCUUAAUCCUUCAUGCCUGUAUGUGUAUGUUUGUGUGUGAGUGAGUAUGUGUGUCUGUGUGAGAAAGACAUUUAUUCUGUUUUGUAUCAUAGGUUUUGAAAUAUAUAAUGUGUAUUGUCAAAAAAAAAAAAAUCCCAUUUUAUACUCCCUUCCCAAUGCAAGUAUUGAUAGUGGUGUUGUCUGAAGGAACAGUGAGUGAGAGGGACAGAGAUGAGAGACAAUGCAAGGUCAGGUCAGGGUUUAUACAAGUAAGUUAAGCUGUAGUUGUUGGUCACACUAAGCAUUCCCUGGUAUAGCAGGAAGGUACAUUAGGUGAUUAAUUGAAAUAAUCUUACCAAAACACAAUUAUUAAACAAAAUCAAAACUGAGAAAAGUUACUGUUACCAGAGCCAUCAAUUCUCCCUCUUGGUAAAAUAAAUGCUGCUGAGAAACAAAAGGUGAAUGGUGAAUAAACUCAUGAUGAGUAAGUGCCAAAAAUGCCUUUAUAUUAAGCAACAAGUUUUUUAUAAAGUCAAGACAAAACACUAGAAUUUUUCAGUGAUGCAUUGUUUCACAGCAGCCAUUUUUCAGGGAUAUGUUUUCUAUUAAGAUAAAGAAAUAGUCAGGAAACCUGUGGCUGUGACAGUGAGCAGCAGCAGAGUUGGCCUGUACAGGGUGAGGAGGUUCCUGUGUUGCACCCGUGAGGAAUGUGGUGUGUUGGAGACGUUAUUACAUCCAUACAAUAGUGUUGCAUCCAUCGUGCUCUUAGCUCUCCUACAAGUGUCUUAAUCAUUCACUCCCAACUUAUCCCUCACUUUCCUCACACCAAGGAAACCAAAUCCCCACACUUCUGUUCCACAAGACUGUGCAAACACACAAGAUGUGUCCGAACAUCCAUGUCUGCAAAAAGUGUCUUGAAUCCACACUUUUAUUUGUCAUAAAAGACAAUCCACAUGUUUACCAGACAGAGAGAGGAUGUGGUGGAUGUCAUCUGUGUGUGUGUUAUUCCUUUGACUCUCCACACUGUCCCAGCCUUGUGAGUGUGUGGCAGUGUUGCCCCUCCAGCACUCCCCACCAAGAAAGGUGUACAUAGAUAUAUGUAACUAUAUUUAUUUUAAUGCAUAUUAUUUGCAUUUUAAGGACAUUGACGUACUGUUAAAUUAUUAUACCCCUUAAAGAUAUACACCAUCAAUAAUAUAUUGUCCAAAACACUAUUUUUAUCAUAGAAUAAUGUCUACACUAAUAAAAAUUUAAGUUCCCUGCAUACCAUAA